AUGAGGCCCGCGCUUCUGCACCUCCCCGCUGCUUCUGGCACCCGGGUCCUGCUGAAGUUGCUGUUGCCGCUACUGAUGGCGCAACUCUGGGCCGCCGAGGCGCUGCUGCUCCCGGGAAACGACACGCGCGUGGACCUCGCGGCCUCCGGCGCCCCGUGCGGGCGGGACUCGCAGCCCUGGCAGGUCUCCCUCUUCCAUAACCUGCAGUUCCAAUGCGCAGGCGUCCUCGUGGACCCGAGCUGGGUGCUCACGGCCGCCCACUGCUGGAGGAAGAAGCCACUGAGGGCUCGGGUUGGGGACGACCACCUGCUGCUUUUCCAGAAGGAGCAGCUGCGCUCCACGAAUCCGCCGGUUUUCCACCCCAAGUACCAGCCUUGCUCAGGCCCCAUGCUGCCGCACCGCUCUGACGAACACGACCUCAUGCUCCUGAAGUUGAGCAGACCCGUGAUGCAGACGCCCAGCGUGCACCCCCUGCAGCUGCCCUUCCGGUGCACCCAGGCUGGCCAGCAGUGCCAGGUGGCCGGCUGGGGGACCACCGCCAACAGAAGAGUGAAAUACAACAGGAGCUUAAGCUGCUCCAGGGUCACUCUCCUCAGCCAGAAGCAGUGUGAGGUCUUCUACCCUGGUGUGAUCACCAAUAACAUGAUUUGUGCCUCCGGGCUGGACAGAAACCAGGACUCUUGCCAGAGUGACUCCGGUGGCCCCCUGGUAUGUGAUGACACCCUGCAUGGCAUCCUUUCAUGGGGUGUUUACCCCUGUGGUGCUGCCCAACACCCAGCUGUCUACACCCAGAUCUGCAAAUAUGUCCCCUGGAUCUGGAGGGUCAUUGGCCACAAGUGAGCAGUCUUCUACACGCUUCCUCUCUGCUCUGUCCACCUGCUGACCUUCCUCCUCAGUCACCCCAAAACUCUUAUACCCACCCAGACCUCUGUACAUGGACUCUCUUCCCUCACCCAUGCCCACUCUUAGUCUUUGCUCACAAGUGCAGAAAAUAGUGGCUGAAGAAAGUUCUAGAACAUCAAGGAAGCUGACAAUUCCCCAGUCUCUGAGAGAAGUUAUCAGAGGCACCCAACAUGGCUGCCUCUACAUCCAACAUGACUGUCUCUACAAUCCAACAUGGUUUCCUCUAUAUCCAUGGCUGCCUCUACAUCCAACAUGGCUGCCUCCAUAUCCAAAAUGGAUUCCUCUACCUCCCCUUGCUGUGUGACAUGAGGCAAGCCUAGUACCCUUUCUGAGCCAUGGUUUUCUCAUCUGAAGAAUGGGGACAAUGACGUGUCUCACUCUUAGGUUGUAUGGAGACCAAGAUGGGAUGUGUGUAAAUCUUUAUGGUGAUUGUCAUGGAAAUGUGAACAUGAAAAGUGGUGAGCACUGA